UAGUGUUUUGACAUUUCAAAGUUGUAUACGUGUAUACGUGUGAAUUUCUCUGGUUUUUUUGUUUGACGUGGUUGUUCGAUUCCCUUCGUAUUAUUUAAGCUGCAUUAAUAUAAAAAUUAAGUCUCAGUCAAGAAUUAAAAAGAUUUAUUACACUGCCGUUCUUCCCAGCCUACCUGACGUAGGUGUGCCAAUAUGCGUCCUGAAAUCAAGUCUUUCCACCGAAAACAGUUACCAGCUUUUUCGCUGAUGCUGUUAUCGUUAAUGUUAUUUGGAUUCACAUCCGCUCAACGGGUUGCUCCAGGAGUUCCUCCACAACACUAUCAACAAGUUCCGGUGCAGCAUAAUCAGCAGCCACAAUAUCAACAACAACAACAGCAACAAAUACACCAUGCGCCAAAUGUCAAUCCUCAGCAUUAUCAACAGCAAGUGCAAUAUCAGCAGGUGCCCGUGCAACAGCAACAACAGCAACAGCAGUAUCAACAACAACAACAGCCGCAAUUUCAACAACAGCAACCACCUCAACAACAACAACAAUUCCAACAACAGCCUCCACAACCGGUACAACAACAAGCGCCACAUACACCUCAUCAAGCUCAUCAUGGCCAGCAGCAAGUGUUGAACGCAGGCAACAUACAAGAUGAGAGAGCUCACAUUCAGGAACAUAUGCAGGUUCCGAUUGAUACGAGCAAAAUGUCUGAGGCAGAGCUGCAAUUCCAUUACUUCAAAAUGCACGAUUCUGAUAACAACAACAAAUUGGACGGUUGUGAGCUCAUAAAAUCACUUAUUCAUUGGCAUGAGCAAGGAAGCAAAGAGCAACCGCACAACGAACAGACGCCACAUGUGGAAGAAAAGAUCUUCUCUGAUGAAGAGCUAGUGGCAUUGAUCGAUCCCAUUCUUCAAAUGGAUGAUACGUCACGCGACGGUUAUAUUGACUAUCCAGAAUUUAUAAAGGCACAACAAAAGGCUGUGGCAGCAUCACAACAAAAACAACAGCAACAGCAGCAGCAACAACAGCAACAGCCGCAAAGUGGAAAAUAAGAGAUGCAAUGAAACAUGUUUCUUAUUAUUUGUUGUUAGGUUAUUCCUAUUCUACUUAAGGAUUCUUAUGAUUCCAUGACAUAAUUUUUUGGCGCAAAAUUGUGAUUUGAAUUCAAUUUGUUUGCAAUUUCUUUAGUUCUUCUAUUUUUUGCUUACAAUUUUUCAUUUUCGUCAUUCCAAACAAAAGGAAACUUUUCUAUUAGAUAUAGCUGUGCGCAUGAACAAAUUAUAUAAGUAUUUAGCAAAUUAAUUUCGCCGUUCCUUCUCGAAUCUCUUUCUUCUUUGGAUACCUAAUUUAUUUAAUUAUCUUAGGUAAAUUUAUUUGUAUGUAGGUAUUUUAGAACUGUGCUCAUUACAACUACAUAAAAUGUGAACAAAGUUAGAUUUUCUACAAAAAUUUAAAUUAAAUAAAUAUUCAACGAAAAAAAGAAUGACAAAAAUUAUAAAAAGAAAAAUGUUUACUUAACCUUUUAAUGCAAAUAUCAGAAAUACAUGUUCGAAAAUUGACUGAUUGUGACACAAUGUCACAAAAAACACCUACCUGUGAAAAUAUAUAUUUUUUUUUUUAUUUCGUUAGUAAAUCUGUACCGACAAGGCAUGCCAGCUCAAGUGGGUUAGAAUUACGAUUUUUCUACAAGAAGUCCUAAAUUGAAUAAAAUCCGUAACAAUUGCAGUAAUAUAGAACUUGUUAGACAAUUUAUGUAACUAAAAUUAUGAAAUAUUAAUAUUGGCUUUGUGAUCUAAAAUGUUUUUUUUUAUAUUACUCGAAUUUUUUCAACCAAAGGUAUAUUUUUAAAUAUUUCUAAGUUUUCAUUGUUUUUGUCUACACUGCUUAGUAGUAGAUAGCACAACAUAAAUGCUGACACAUGGUACUUAAAAUUGGUGCCUAUGCUGGGUUUGGUGUUUGGUGAGCUUAAAUUGAUUAAAAAGCAUGGUUUCAUCAUACAUUUCAAAAUGUUGCUUUAGUAAUAAAAGUAAAAUAACACCACAUUUUGCAUUAAAUUUUCAUUCAACCAUAGUUCAAGGCGCGCACCACAAAGCGGAUGAGCAUCAUGGGACUGAGGAAGAGGAAAAAGGCAAAAUUUACUCCGAUGAACAAUUGACUGACAUAGUUGAUUAUGUGCUAAAGCAAAUGGAUUUGAAUAAUGAUGGCUAUGUCGAUUACGCAGAGUACCGAAAAAGUGAGGAUGCUCAAUCUAGUGAUGAUAAAAAGAAGCCAUAAAAUUUUUUAACGUGUGUAGACAUUUGUUGAUUCUUUAAAUAAAAUUUUUUAACUUUAUUUAGUACAAAA